UACCAAAGAACAAGCUUUCUCCCCGAGCGUGUUAAAAGAUUAGAAUAAUUUAUAAUAUAGAAUUCCCAAUGCCAAUCCAAUGGCAAUACUUUACUCAGUUCCCAGCUCCGCACCUCCUGUGGGUUUUUUUAAUACACUUUCACUGUUCUCUAUACUAAUGUAUCUACUUUCAAAGAUAAAUUUAUUACUUGGCCUAUGAACUUGGAGUUUCUGCAGUCAGUAGUCGCUUAAACUUAGGUUUGGACCUUCUACUUCAACUGAUUGUUAAAUGUGAUGGAAUCAGCAGCAACAGAUGAGUCAUUUAUCAAUGAUGUGAUCACCAGAGUUUCCGCCUAUGAUGUCAGACGAUGUGACCCAUACCCAGAGACUUCGAAAGACUUCAAGAGAGCUGCUGUUUUAUUACCUUUAAGAGUGCAUAAUGGUAAAGUGGAUAUUUUACUUACCAAGAGAUCUCUUGGUCUGAGGUCACACCCAGGGUCUGUUUCAUUUCCAGGUGGAAAGAGGGAUGAAAGCGACAGCUCCGAUGUUGAAACUGCUCUCCGGGAAGCAGAAGAGGAAAUUGGAUUGCCACAAGAGAAAGUGCAGGUUAUUGGUGUACUGACAAGAGGUAUUACCCUCCCCAGUACUGUUGUUUACCCGGUUGUUGGCCUAAUCCCUCACGAUUUUGAGCCUGCUCCUAAUCCAACAGAAGUUGAGUUCGCUUUUUUUAUGCCCCUGAAAGAUUUUAUUGAAGCUGACAAAAUAUCAUAUUCUAUCAUGGAUAUCUAUGGGAAGCCUUUCAUCUCAAGGUCUGUGCACUAUGAAGGCAAUGGGAGAGCUGCAAAUGUGUGGGGUUUCACAGCAAACUUCUGCACUCUGAUAGCCAAGAUUGUAUUUCAGGAGAAAAGUUUUAUUCAGGUGUUUUAUGACUCAAAUGGUGAUGGUGGAGGGAAAGAGCUGGACUGUGAACUUAAAGAAUAUUUUGAACAUAUGUCUUCAGUUCAUGCUUUGAAACUCAAAUCGAAACUCUGAUUAUGAGUAUCGUAAUUUAUUUUUGCAUAUACUCUUUUCUCCUUUCUACCUAGAACAUCAACUGAAAAUAAAAAUAUACUUUUUGGAAUGCACCUCUA